UAUCAGAAAAUGGGUCGACGUUCAAUUAAUACCACCAAGAGUGGAAAGUAUAUGAACCCAACAGACCAAGCUAGGAAGGAAGCUCGUAAGAAAGAAUUAAAGAAGAACAAAAAGCAGAGGCAGAUGGUGCGGGCAGCUGUUUUAAAAGGAAAGGAUCCAGUUCAGCUUAUUGCAGAAAUGGAGAAAAUCGAUCAAAUGGAAUAUAAUGUAUUACAACCACCACCAUUAAAUGAGAAAGUAUUAAAAGAUAAACGUAAGAAACUGAAAGAAACCCUUGAACGAGUGAUGACAAUGUAUGACAAGGAUGAUCCUGAAAAAUGGGCAGAGCUGAAACGUAUGGAAGUGGAAUAUGAGAAACGUCGCAUUGCCAUGGUAACGUAUGCUGAGUCAGUUCGUCAUGCACAGCAAGUUCAGGUUGAUGACAUACCGCUACCAACUCUUCAGCUUCCGAAUGAUCCCACUGCCUUCAUGGGACUACCUUCUCAAAUUCCUUUGCCAACUGAUCUCCCUGUACCCUUAUCCAGCAUUGUUCCCCAUCCACUGAUUUCAUUACCUGUCCCUCCAGGCCUUGCGUUACCUCCACCUCACAGUAUUCUGAAGAAGACAUCAGCUUAUGCAACAGUACCAGCCAAACCCAAGAAGCCACCAGGUGUACCACCAGGACCUCCCCCAGAACUAAGUGACGAUGAUGAUGAAGAACCCAUGGAUCAAGACGGUGAAGGUCAUCAGGCAUCUUCUGAUAAACACACACCUGCUGCAUCAUCAGAUAUACAGGAAAAGCUCUCAUCAGUGGCAGGUUUACCACCUCGUCAACGAGUAAUCAGGUUUGCUGAUGAUGAAGUUCCUGAAGCUGUUCCGGAGCAGACCCCUACUGAAGCUGCUGUAUCAGCAUCUUCAGUGCCAUCAGCUGCGCCAGUAUUGACCUCGUCUCCGGCAACAGUGUCCACAUCAAAACUUCCAGAUUCAAGAAGAGACAAAGAAGAAGAAAGCUUAAGCACUGAGACUGUACCAGUGCCCACCCCAAAACCAACAACUCUUCAGCAGAAAAUGCUUGCAAUGGCUGGACAGGAUAUUGAUCAGUUUAUGCGUGAGAUGGAAGAAGUCCAUAGGAAACGAGAACAAGAUCGUGCAGCAGAUCUGAGUGCAAGACUAUCCCUGCUUGACAGUGAAAGUAACAAUGAUGCCACAGCAGUUGUCUCAAAACACAGCAGCAGUGCUUCAAACGUAAAUACUUCUGGUACCAAUCAGUCACAGGAGAAAGAUGGUGAUGAUUCUCAAAACCUACAGCCACCUGGAACUAGUACAACAGAUUUAACUCUCCCACCACCUACUGCUGUGCCUGUUCAAUCACAAUUGUCCAUUGUUGACAAUGCUUCAGUCCCUUCGUUAUCAGCUAUUACUCCUCCAGUUCACCCACCAGGACUACCAUCAGUUCCUCCACUUGGUAUGACACCGAUGAUGUUCAGGCCACCACCACUUCGUCCAGGAGUUCCACCACCACUUGGAAUCAGACUUCCGCCAGGACCACCACCUGGUAGACCUGGACUUCCUCCGGGACCACCACCAGGCCUGCCACCAAGACUUGGAAUGAGAUUACCCCCUGGACCUCCACCAGGUAUGCCACCUCGUCUGCUGCGGCCACCUGGCCCCCCACCACGCCUGCCUGCAGGGAUUCCUUUGCCAGGUUUACCACUACCAACAUCCAUCAAUCAAGUUACAAGUGGUCAAACGUCACUCAGUUCUAUUCCAAUACCUCCAGGCCCCUCUGCUUCUGUUACAAGUAAUCCUAACGUUCUGAGUGCUGCACCCCAACUGAUCAACCGAGCCCGAGCAGAUGGUGCCAUAGCAGAUGGCAAGAAACAGCAUGGUGCCACUAUUGAAGCUAAGCCACAGAUCAGAAACCUAAGUGCAGAUGUUACUAGGUUUCUACCAACUGCCCUCCGUGUGAAGAGGGAAGAUAAAAAGAAGAAAGACGUAAAAACUACUUCGCUCUCAGAACCAAGGACAGAGAAUUUGGUUCCAAAACCAUCACCUGCAACUAGUCAGCAGACAAAGGAUGAUGCUUAUAUGCAGUUCAUGAGAGAAAUGGAGGGUUUAUUGUAAAGCACAAGUAAGUAUUGUGCUGUUUUAUGUGUGAUGUAAGGAAGCUCAGAGGAACAACAUGCCAUAUAUAUAUAUAUUUAAUCACUUCAGCCUUAUAGGAGAUUCUGUGCUCAGUAUGCUCUGUCAUGUUGUAACUAAUGAGAAUUAAACAUUUGCAGUGGCUUCCUGUGUCAAAUUCACUUAAGUUGUAAUCACCAUAUUGAUUUGUUAAACUGGGUCAAUAAAUGAUUAAUAUCU